AUGCGACUUUGGUCCUUUCUCGGCUCGGUCACACUGGCUACUCUGGGAACUGCAUACGUUGUACAUGAAGAAGGAAAUAUCUGUCGUCUUUAUCCUGAGUCGCUCAAGCACCAUGGUUUACCGGUUGACGAUGCUCCCUCCAUUCACAAAGCCUUCGAGACUUGUGGAUCUGAUGGUCAAGUUGUCUUUUCCAACCAUACCUUCAACAUCAACUCGGUUCUAAACACAACCAAUUUGGCGAAUUGCGACGUGUCACUACAAGGCGAGCUGCUCUUUUCUGACAAUAUUUCAUACUGGCUUAAUCACUCUUAUUCCGUGGUAUUCCAGAACCAGUCCACGGCUUGGCUGUUCGGCGGAACCAACGUCACCUUUCGAGGCGAGGGUGGCUGGUACAAUGGAAAUGGCCAGGCAUGGUACACAGAGAACCGCAAUCAAAGCAAUCAGCCAGGUCGGCCUAUCAGCAUUACAUUCAUCAACUCUCAAAAUCUGCUUGUAGAUGGUCUACGCGUCAUUCAGCCACAGUUUUGGGCGACAUUCGUGUCGUACAGCAAGAACGUAUCCAUCACGAAUCUCUAUGUGAAUGCUACGAGUAACGAUGAAUGGGGCACCGUUAACACCGAUGGCUACGAUUCGUGGAAUAGUGACGCUUUACUCGUCGAAAAUGCCGACAUCACCAAUCAGGAUGACUGUGUGGCAGCCAAGGGUAAUACUACGAAUUUAUUAGUCCGGAAUGUGACUUGUCAUGGGAAUUAUGGUAUGACGAUUGGAUCUGUUGGACAAUACCCUACAAUGCCCGAUUAUGUCGAGAAUGUCACCUUUGAAGACAUCCGAUGUUUGAAUUGCAUGGAGGGAGCCUUUAUCAAGACAUGGCAGGGCGAAUCCGAUGAUAGCAGCUCCAACGGCGACAGUGGAGGCGGUGGCAGUGGUCUCAUCAAGAACAUCACCUACCGGAAAUUUGAGUUGACCAACGUUGCUUUGCCGAUUCAAAUCUCUCAGUGCAUUUACUCUGAAAGUGGGCAGAGCUGCAAUACGUCCAAGAUGGCUAUUGAAGAUAUCACAUGGUCCAAUAUCAAGGGAACGUCUCGGUAUAAUAUUGCGGCAUCGAUCUAUUGCUCUGAUGUACACCCUUGUCCGGGAAUUAAGUUUGAGGACAUCGAUCUUCAGUCUGUGAACAGUACGUUGGGAUUGCCGCUUUAUGACACCGAUCUUCCACAUGAAGUCUAUCAGUGUACAAAUAUCCUCGACGUGAAUGACUCUGGGAUCCCUUGCAACCAUGCUGCCCCGGAUAAUUAUGGCCAAACGGUUACAUCAAAUGUGAAGGACGAAUAG